AUGGCCGAGGAGCAGCCGCAGGUCGAGCUGUUCGUGAAGGCUGGCAGUGAUGGAGCCAAGAUCGGGAACUGCCCCUUCUCCCAGAGACUGUUCAUGGUGCUCUGGCUCAAGGGCGUCACCUUCAACGUCACCACUGUUGACACCAAGAGGCGAACCGAAACAGUACAGAAGCUGUGCCCGGGGGGGCAGCUCCCUUUUCUGUUGUAUGGCACCGAGGUGCACACAGACACCAACAAGAUUGAGGAAUUUCUGGAGGCAGUGCUGUGUCCUCCCAGGUACCCCAAGCUGGCAGCUCUGAACCCCGAAUCAAACACAGCUGGCCUGGACAUAUUUGCCAAGUUUUCUGCCUACAUCAAGAACUCAAACCCAGCACUCAAUGACAACCUGGAGAAGGGGCUCCUGAAGGCCCUGAAAGUGUUAGACAACUACCUGGCAGCCCCGCUCCCCGAGGAAGUGGACGAGACCAGUGCUGAGGAUGAGGGCGUCUCUCAGAGGAAGUUUCUGGAUGGAAACGAGCUCACUCUGGCUGACUGCAACCUGCUGCCCAAGCUCCACAUCCUGCAGGUGGUGUGUAAGAAGUACCGCGGAUUCUCCAUCCCCGAGGCCUUCCGCGGCGUGCACCGGUACUUGCGCAAUGCCUAUGCGCGCGAAGAGUUCGCCUCCACCUGUCCCGACGACGAGGAGAUUGAGCUGGCCUAUGAGCAAGUGGCCAAGGCCCUCAAAUAA